AUGGCUGCAUCAAAUUUUUUGGCCGCUACUCUGAAGUCAUUACAUCGCCCUGGCCAGCCCCUCAUUCUCGCCAAUGUUUAUGACGUUUUAUCAGCGCGCGCCGUAGCUGCUCUUCCGAGCUGCAAAGCACUCGCGACAGCAAGUUAUGCUGUUGCUAGAGCUAACGGGACAGAGGACGAUGACAUGGACGCCCAGACAAACCUCCGCGCAGUCUUACCAAUAGCGAAAGUUGCCGCAGAGUUCAAGAAGCCAUUCACAGUUGAUAUUCAGGACGCAUAUGGAGAGAAACUCGAAGAGGACGUCAAUAAAGACACUCAGAAGCUUUACAGUCUACAAGAAGCUGCAGAGCGAAUCAAAAGGACUUUGAAGGUCGCAGAGAAUCUUGGAGUUAAAGAUUUUGUGGUCAACGCCAGAUGCGAUGUUCUUAUCCACGGUGGUCAGCUUAGUGAGGUUCUCACUCGAGGCAAGGCGUAUCUCGCUGCCGGUGCUACCAGUGUAUUUGUCUGGGGAGGAUCGAAGAGGGGUGUUAGCCGUGAUGAAGUAGCAACGAUGGUGAAGGAGUUUGAUGGGCGACUUAACGUUUCAAUGAAGCUGUCUCCUGACGGGUUGAAUGCAUCUCAACUGUCGGAAAUCGGCGUGGCCAGAAUAAGCAUUGGGCCUGCAAUUCAGUUCAUCGCGAUAGAUACAUAUGCAAAAGAAGCAGAGAAGAUUUUGACUUCGGUUUAA